AUUUAGACAGACGGGCCAUUUAACGCAGCGCGGCUCAUUGCUAUGGUUGCCCACGUUUGAACUUCCUACAUAAGAUGCUGUAAAGCGAUUCGGGUUGUGUGAGCAUGUUACUCAACGGGAAGAAAAACGAAGUUUACUCGUGGACACUAUAUUAUGCACGAGCGUUCAGUAUAACUUUUACGGAACCGGAAACCUGUAUGUGGUAAUUGUACAUACAUCAGUGAACAAUCUUGCAGCAUGAAAACGUAAUUAAUCAAAAUAAGUAACUGAGGGAAUGUAUUAACAGUUAUACCAAGUGAAUGUCUCGCAUAUAUAUGGUAGAAGAACCACGUUCUGACAGGCAGUGACAACCACUCUCGCCUACAUGACAAGUACAUUUUUAUCAAAAUUCACUGUGAAAUAUCAUAAACCUAUAUAAUGUACAGAGUAACGUUUUUGGCCACGCACGGAAGGUUUUCCUAGUGCUUUACGUCACGUUCAUACGUUCCAAACACGAGAUUGGUAAGUAACAGAAACGUUACGUUUCUAUUUGUCGCAUAUCUAAGCUGUUAGUUAUAGAAAAACGUUGUACAAAAUUAUUUGACUUCAAUUACAUGUACAUAGAACGACAUUUUUGACAAAUAUUGCACUCGUUCAGAACGAGUUUUUCUAGUCUCUGUAUCCAUACGGAGUUGUGUCCGUCAUAGAUCAAGAAAAAAACAACUACAAAGUGACGCACAGUUUAUCAUAGCUAAUUGUCUACAUAUUCUUCUAACUUAUAUUAAUUGGGUGACUGGUAGGAAAACAUGAACUCGCAUACCGUGUACACUACUCUAACGGAACAAUUUGUUACAUUUGCCGGAAUAUACAUGAAAGCAAAUAUUAGAUAUGAAAGAAUAAGUUCUUGAUGUUAGACUGAGAGAUGAACACCUUUAUACAGCUUUUUUAUCAAGUUAAAAUCUCCGUCAAUUCGUUUUAUUCCUUUUACGUGUUGUCAUAAUUUGAGAUAUCUGAAAUAAAUAAAGAACUUUUCACUAAACGGAUAUAAAAGUUAAAGAUUUAGGAUAUAAAAAAGCUUGGAAGAAGGAAAUGGACACGCCUGAAGUGUCAGCAGAUGUUCUCAGUUCCAGACAGAGUCGGACUUUGUCCGUAUGGGAGGAUUACCUUGAGAAACACCUGCACAAAGACAACUUUAAACCUCAGUCUAAGCUCCAAAGGUUCCGGAAGUACGGCAAGGAGAUAUUACACAGCCGUGUUGUAUUAUUGGUUGUUGUUAUUCUAAAUUGCCUGGACUGUAUUCUGGUCCUUAGUGAACUUAUCCUGGAUGUCUACUUCAUAAAAAAAAUGAUCGUGACUGCGGAGAACACGAUGGAACAGUUUAACCAACUGUUAAAAGAUCGGCAUCCUGAGCAGUUUGCUGGCUACCAAGUGCAUGAUACUCACAAGUUCUACAACAAAAUUCUCACAACAAAACUUAUUUGUGACUCGAACCUAACGUACUUAGAUCUCAGCAAGACUACACGAAGUAUAAGGAAUGCUGUGAUCUCUCCGAGUAUAGAUGCAGGUGUUCAUGACCCCGGGUUACCAGUGUUCAAGGACUCUGACGACCCGCACUUUCUGGAGGAGGAAGCUCACAGCAUGGAAGAACUUGUAUCACACGCAUUCCAUAAAGCCAGUAUUACCAUAUUAGGCAUUUUAGUACUAUUUACUCUGUUCCGAAUUUUCUGUCAUGGAUUGGCUUUUGUGAAACACAAGCUAGAGGUUUUUGAUGGUAUAGUGGUCAUAGCUUCGUUUACACUUGAUGUAUGUUAUAUCGAAGGACUGACAAACUAUCCCGUGGAAUCCUUUGUUCUUAUACUUGUCAUCAUGAUACCUUGGAGAAUUAUCAGAGUCCUUAAUAGUCUAAUUAUUGCAGUAAAGGAUAACUUCCACUUUCUACUUAAAUUAAUGUAUAAAAAGAACAAGUACCAACGGGACAAAGUAAAAAAGUUAGAAACAAUCACACAGCAGCAACAGAAUAUGCUUGAUGUUUUGACGGACAUGUGUAAGAUGAACGGUGUCACCUUCCAAGAGAUGAGAGACUAUCUACCUGAUUCUACCACAAAGAAGCAGACGUCGAAACCUUUGUCGCUUGGAGCAUGUUUUACGCGACAGGUAUCAUUUCAGGACGAACAAGAAACCAGAUUUAAUUGGGAAUCACUAUCAUUAUUGCAAGACAAAUUAGGCGUAUGUAUGGAACAAGAAGAAGAAGAUUCGGAACUUAACAACGAGACAGCGGAAAGCGAAACGUCACUUCCGUUCCAGCAGACCAAUUGUUAGUUAGUUCUACGGGACAGCAUUGAGCUUUCAUUAUUACAAAACAACUCAAUUAUUAAAAUAUACGC